ACCAAGCGAUCUUUUUCUCUCUCUCUCACACGCAAACCCAAAGUAUCUCUCUGACUUCCACCAUGAAACGUAGUAACGUCCCAAGCUCCGCCUUGAAACCCGUUUUCAUAACCAGAGCGGAGCGUGAAGCCUUAGCCAUAAGACGCCGUCAACAAGAAGCCGACGAAAUCAACAAAAGCCGUCAAAGCCUCCUCUCCUCCGCUUCCAACAACCACAACAGCAACGAUGUCAACAAACCCUCCGAUUCUGAUCGCCACCGCGAUCGCGAUCGCGACCGUGACCGUGACCGUGACCGAGAUCGACGCAAUAGAGACCGUGACCGCGAAGAGGAUGCCAAGUCUCGCGAGCGCGCGCGGUUGGAGAAGUUGGCGGAGCGAGAGCGCGUGAAAGAGUUCGACUCCAUUAAAGAGCAGUACUUAGGGUCGAAGAAGCCUAAGAAGCGAGUUAUCAGACCCAGCGACAAGUUCAGAUUCUCGUUCGAUUGGGAGAACACGGAGGACACUUCUCGUGACCUGAACGCACUCUACCAAAACCCUCACGAGGCUCAGCCCUUGUUCGGAAGAGGCUUCCGCGCCGGCGUCGACCGCCGCGAGCAGAAGAAGCUCGCGGCCAAGAACGAGAAGGAGACGCGCGAGGAGAUUCGCCGGAAGGAUGGGGUGGAGGAGAGGCCGGAGGAGGCGGCGGCUCAGAAACUCAAAGAACAAGCUGCUGAAAAGUACGGCAAUCUGGACAUGAGAGUCGAUCGGCACUGGAGUGAUAAGAAGCUUGAGGAAAUGAGGGAGAGAGAUUGGAGGAUUUUCAGGGAGGAUUUCAGUAUCUCCUACAGGGGUUCGAAGAUUCCUAGCCCUAUGAGGGCUUGGGACGAGAGCAAAUUGAGUCGAGAGCUGUUGAAGGCGGUCGAGAAAGCCGGGUACAAGAAGCCUUCACCUAUUCAAAUGGCGGCCAUUCCACUCGGCCUACAACAGCGCGACGUGAUUGGGAUUGCAGAGACUGGUUCUGGCAAGACUGCAGCUUUCGUUCUCCCUAUGCUCAGUUACAUUACUAGGCUGCCUCCAAUGAAUGAAGAGAACGAGGCCGAAGGGCCUUAUGCCGUUGUAAUGGCACCCACUCGCGAGCUUGCUCAACAGAUCGAGGAAGAAACUAAUAAGUUUGCUGAGCAUUUGGGGAUCAGAGUGGUCUCCAUUGUUGGUGGGCAGUCCAUUGAGGAACAAGGGUUUAAAAUUAGGCAAGGGUGUGAGGUUGUCAUCGCUACGCCGGGGCGUUUGAUUGAUUGUUUGGAGAGGCGUUAUGCGGUUCUCAAUCAGUGUAAUUAUGUUGUUCUUGAUGAGGCUGAUCGGAUGAUAGAUAUGGGAUUUGAGCCACAGGUUAUGGGUGUGUUGGAUGCAAUGCCUUCUAGCAAUUUGAAACCCGAAAACGAAGAUGAAGAGCUUGAUGGGAAGAAGAUUUAUAGAACCACUUAUAUGUUUAGUGCCACCAUGCCGCCUGCAGUGGAGCGCCUUGCUAGAAAGUAUCUGAGGAAUCCUGUUGUGGUAACUAUAGGUACUGCCGGAAAGACCACAGAUUUGAUAUCCCAGCAUGUGAUGAUGGUUAAGGAAUCGGAGAAGUUUUCUAGGUUACAAAGAUUGCUUAACGAACUUGGUGAUAGGACUGCAAUUGUGUUUGUUAACACUAGGAAGAAUGCAGAUAAUGUUGCCAAGAACUUGGAUAAGGCAGGCUAUCGUGUUACAACCUUACACGGUGGAAAGUCGCAGGAGCAGAGGGAAAUUAGUCUUGAGGGGUUUAGGACAAAAAGAUACAAUGUCCUCGUUGCCACCGAUGUUGCGGGGCGUGGGAUUGACAUACCCAAUGUCGCGCAAGUCAUAAAUUUCGAUAUGCAUGGGAGUAUUGACACAUACACGCAUCGUAUUGGACGAACAGGACGUGCAGGCAAGACGGGUGUGGCCACUACAUUCUUGACUCUUUCAGACUCUGAUGUGUUUUAUGAUCUCAAGCAGAUGCUUAUCCAGAGUAACAGUAGUGUUCCUAAUGAACUUGCAAGACACGAGGCUUCCAAGUUCAAGCCAGGUUCAGUUCCUGAUAGACCACCAAAACGCAAUGACUAUGUUUUUGCCCAUUGAGAAAGUUUGAAGCUUGUGAAGUCACUUUUAGGCGAAGUCUCCGUGUCAAUUGUGUCAUAUGACAGUUUUUAGUUGCUUAAACUUAGUGAGUCAGGUAAGGAACUGCAAUAGAUAAUAGGAUUUUUGGGACCUGAUUGUUAAGACCUGCCUUCCUUGAAGGGGGAAUUGAUGUCAUUACAUUUUUCUGCUGUAGUAUAUUUGCUGUUCUGCUGAUUAUUUAUUGUAGGAAUAUUUUCACGAUGAUAUCAAUUGAGAAUGCUGUAUUUUAUCUCU